AAAAAUCCCGCCAUUCCUCAUCACGGCCCUUUUUUAGACUACAGCCAUCGCCGCCAUUGCGGAUGCGGAUACGAAGGAGUUACAAAAUGUCGAGUAGAUACGGUAGUCGGCCGCCUAAUUCAUCACUUUAUGUACGCAAUGUUCCUGAUGGAUCAAGGCCGGAGGAGGUACGCAAGUUAUUUGGUCGCUAUGGACCAAUAAGCGAUGUCUACAUACCACUGGAUUAUCACACACGUCAGCCGCGUGGAUUUGCCUACGUCCAAUUUGAUGAUAUUCGGGAUGCUGAAGACGCAAUGAAUGCUUUGGACAGAACUAGGUUUUUUGGAAGAGAGCUCGAGAUUCAGUUUGCUGAGGGUGACAGAAAAUCUCCAGGACAAAUGCGGUCUCGAGAACGAAGUUCACCAUUCAACCGAGGGAGACGUCGUCGGUCCUACUCCCCAGACAGACGAAGAUCCAGAAGUCGAAGUCCUUAUAGAGGAAACAGGCGUCGACAACGUAAAUCAUAUUCACGUUCUCGAUCACGUUCAAGGUCUGUUGAAAGGAAACGCAGUCCAAGGCGAUCAUACAGCAGGUAUGGCACAUUUUUGUUGAUGAAUAGUACUGUAAAACCACAGAAACAUUGACGAAUUUUGCAAGUA